AUGGAGGCAAAAGAGGGCCAUGGCACCAAUGGUGGUGAUUAUAGAAGAGAGGGUUCAGCAGAAUCAUUCAACGAGCUUGUCAACGAAAUGAUUUCAAACCAACAUGACAUAAAGACCUUUGCUUUCAGGACCAAGGCCAUGCAAUUACGAUCCUCUGAUGUUACGUUUCCGCUUGCACAUGCUACUCGUACUCGCCUACAAUGUGGUUCACUUGCUGAGGGGGAAGCAGAAGAGGGAGUUCUGUGA